CGUCGGCACCAUUUUCAACCACAGGAAAUUAAAUUAAUGUUUCUUAGACCUCCAGCAGAUUGCUUGACCUUUCUAUCCCUCUCUUCCUCCUUAUCAAUGUUCCCUUCCAAAUUGGUUCUCCAAAAAAAAAAAAAAAUUCCCUUCCAAAACUUUCCAUUUACAUACAUACAUACAAAGCUAGCUAUAUAUCAAAUUUUUUCAAGAAGUGAGACAUCGCGAUGAUCCAAAAACACCAAAACACACGCAUGGAUUAUGUAAAGCACUCAAUUGGAAACCCUGCUCUACUCUUAUUCUUCCUCUUUGGGUUCUUUUAUCUCUGUAUUUGGUCCUCCUCUAUCACAAAUUCAUUCAGUGUGUUCCAAAAGGAGUCUCUUUCUGCACUAUCAAACACAUCAAACAUUCAUGUCGCUCAAGAUGACCUCGAAGAAGCUUUAUCCAAAGCUUCAAUGGCAGACAAAACGGUCAUUAUCACUAUCAUAAACAAGGCCUAUGCAGAACAAGAUAUCAAAGCUGACAUCACCAUGCUUGACCUUUUUCUUGAGAGCUUUUGGCUAGGGGAAAACACUAGGCCACUGCUUGACAACCUUUUGAUCGUGGCAAUGGAUCAGACGGCCUACGAUCGCUGCCUUUUUCGACGGUUGAACUGCUACAUGUUGAAAACGGACGGUUUGGAUUUUGGGGGAGAAAAAGUUUACAUGUCCGAGGAUUUCAUCAAGAUGAUGUGGAGAAGAACUCAGUUUCUCAUUGAAGUUCUUAAGCGUGGCUACAACUUCAUUUUCACGGAUACAGAUGUGAUGUGGCUAAGGAAUCCCCUUGUUAGGCUAAGUACAAAUGAAACCAAGGAUCUUCAAAUUAGUACUGACAAUUUUUUAGGUGAUUCGCAAUCUGAAAAGCAUCUUAUCAAUACUGGCUUCUACUACAUCCGAUCAAAUAAUAAGACCAUCAAAUUAUUAGAAAAAUGGUAUGCCAUGAAAGACAACGCAACAGGACAGAAAGAGCAAGAUGUGUUAUUAAACCUGAUAGGAGGGGGGAUAAUUAGAGAAUUAAAUCUUAGUGUAAGGUUCUUAGACACCCGUUAUUUUAGUGGGUUUUGCCAAGAUAGCGAGGAUUUGAGGGCAGUGGCUACAGUACACGCCAAUUGUUGUAGAAGUAUUAGUGCCAAGGUGAAUGAUCUAAAGGCCGUCCUUCGUGAUUGGAAGCGAUUCAAGAAGUAUGCUUCUUAUAAACGAUUGGCUAAUGUAACAGCAAAUUUAAGGUGGUCAUUACACUGGGGAUGUUACAAAUCAUGGAAAGUAGCUAGUACGACUAUGGGUUAAUUAAUGUAUAGUUUGUUUUAUUUGUGGCUUCAAUUUUUCAAACUCAAAAGGGAAUAUAAUCUAUUUGAUAUACAUAGAUUGAUACA